AUAUUUUUGUCUCUGUUCGGUUGUUGCGCCAUUUGACUUCAGUUGGACGUCUUUCCCGCUUUCAAAAAUACUCAAAAACUCCUUAAAGACAAAACCUCAGAGGCAGUUAUUCCAGUACAGUAAUACAUGACCUCCAUGUUGGCAAAGUUUGGGGUUUGUCGGAUCAAAUGCGGUCGAGUUUGAAGGCAAUACAUGUGGCUUUAAUGCUCUCGUUUGAAGUGAAGAAAUUUUCGUGUUUUUAAUGGUACAGUAACUGCUGUUAAAGAGUAUAAUUUCUAUCCUGGAUAUCACUAAGAUGGAGAAAGAUACGUGCCGAUAGGAAUGGUGGACUUCCACAUAGGGAAACGACUUGAGUAUAAAAGCGAAAGUUCAGUUGACCGACUGGAUCGCUGCAUGUGACUGGGCUAAAUUUACCUCAGCAAACUCGGAAAAAAUUCAACACUUUACAGUGUUUCUUCGAAUAUUUUUAUCUUUGAAAAUCACGAGAAAGGUUAUUCUUUCUUGACCAUUGGAACUUAACUAAUAAAUUAGCAGUAUUACAGGAGCAGACAAAAUGUUUUGGAAAUUUGACUUGCAUCCUUCCACUGCAAUAGAUUCUAUUCUGGCAAAAGAGGAUUGCACUUUAAACGAAAUACUUGAUGAAGACGACGUUAUUCAAGAGACCAAGUCGCAAAAUAGAAAGCUGGUCGACUUUUUUGUUCGACCAGAGAUAUUGGAGGAGUUAGUAGAUCUCAUUAUUUCAGAGCCAGAUGAAGAAAUUGAUGAAAAACUAAGAUACAAGCAUUCAAAUGUGGCAUGUGAAGUCCUUACAGCAGAUGUUUAUACUAUAAUUGAUAAAUUAGCAAGUAGUGAGGACCUUUUAAACAAAUUGUGGUCAUUCUUGGAGGCUGAUCCACCAUUGAAUCCACUACUAGCAAGUUUCUUCAGUAAGGUCAUAGGAGUUUUAAUAUCAAGAAAAACAUCAUUGAUGAUAGAUUACUUGAAAACAAAAGAAGAUUUUGUAUCCCUCCUAACAAAACAUAUGGGUACCUCAGCUAUCAUGGAUUUAUUGCUUCGAUUUAUAACCAGUGUUGAAUCUCCUCAACUGAGAUGUGAUUUGAUGGAGUGGUUGAGUGAGCAAAAACUAAUAGAAAGCCUGGUAUCAUUGAUUGAUCCUGAAAUUGAUGAAGAUAGAAAUAGCAAUGCCGCCCAGACUCUUAGUGACAUCAUCAGACUGAGCCGAGACCACCAAUCACAGAUGCAAGAGAGUGCCAGCCAAGAUAUAUUGCUAGAAACAAUCCAAAAAAGAGAGACUAUUAGCAGUCUACUAGACCAUAUGCUACAUGGAAUCCAUACUCAUAACGACUCUGCUCUAGUCAAUGGAAUCUUUGUCCUUCUCACACUACUUGAAGUCAAGAAAGGACCGGGUGAAGGAGAAGAACCAAUGACUGCAUUGGAUGCAGAAAGGCUUGCUCAAGGUGUUAGUGCAACUUUGGCAGCAUUGACUCCAAGACUUCAAGAUUUCCAUGACCUUCUAACAGAUCCUCCUCUGAUGAAUGCGAUGCCAACAACCGUAGGAACAUUAGACCCACCACUUGGCAAUUCCAGGCUACAAAUUGCUAAACUGAUAUCUUCUAUACUCGCUACAAAUGGCGAUACUAUAAACAAGGAGUUAGCUAGUCAAGGAACUAUCAAGGUUUUAUGGUUAUUCAAAGAAUGCAAGUGCAUACAGAAGAUACUAGAAAAUUGGGAAGAUUCAGAUCCUGAAAUAACCCAGUCGCAGGCACGGCAUAGGGGAUACAUGGGACACCUCUCAAACAUUGCUAAUUAUGUAGUCUAUGCAAGAGAGAAGGGCAAAAAUAAGGACGUCAUAGAAAGUGUUUUGAAUGAAAUACCAGAAAAGGACAGAGAAAAGUGGAAUUCAUUUGUGUCUGGUACACUGGCUGAGAUAAACAAGACAARUUCUUCAGAUCUGGUUGGUCAUCAUCCACUACAGUCAUCAUCAGAUGAUGAUGACGAUUAUAAACCUGUACCAUUUUUACACAGUGAAAACUCUCUCCAACAGGUCUUCUCCAACUAUCAAAUGCAGCAAAUGACGACAGUCUUUGUGGACACAUUUGGCUCAGAUGAAGAUAAUUUCCAAGAGCCUGAUGAUUCUCUAACUUCACAAUUCAACAAGAUUGGUGAUAUCAGUUUCAACAUCAAUGCAAAUGAAGAAAACCCAAAUUCAGCCUUAUUUGAAGCAUGCUGCAAUGAAAGAAUACAGCAGUUUGAUGAUAGUGGCAGUGACGAAGAGGAUGUCUGGGAGGAAAAGGAAUUAAAGUUUUCUUCAGUUAUUGAAAACAGAAAAAGUAUGCUGUCUGAUAGUGACAGUGAAAGCAGUGGUAGUGAGGAAGAGGAAGAAGAAGGAGAAGGGAGACAAUCACCACAGCAGCAAAGCACUGGUAGCUCAGGCAGUGAUGAUGACCGCAUUGUAUUUUCUGAUGAUGUCAAGACACCUCCUGAAUCACCGGCCAAGAAACCACCAUGGAGUGACAACAAGAUGGACGUUGACACAGCCAACACUUGGAGUGAUUUUAACAACUCCAGUGAAGUAGCAAUGGAUGAGUCUGUUUCGAUUGAUGCAGCGGAUGUUGGCUGGGAUAAAGCAGGAAAUACAGUGUCAGAUACAGGAUGGGCUAAUUUUGAUAACUUCACUGACAUUGGAAUGGCUGCCUCUACCACAGAACAAACAGAGAAAAGACCAGACUCACCAGUUGCCAUGGAAACAGAAACAUCUCCAUCCCCACCUGAGAAUCCAUCUGCGUCACCAGCGUCUGCUUAUGAAGUUGAUGAACAAAAACAAGACACAGAGAGUAAAGAAAAGGAAAGUGUUGAUCUUAGUAAAGGACUGGUGUUGGACUCAAGUAGUGUGUUUAACAGUUCUGCCGAAGAGGAUACUACAUCUAGCAGCAGUACAAACCAACCUAAUCCUCCAGUCACAGCCCCACUACCACCUAGAGCAGCCUCUUAUAGCUGUGACAAAGGUGAAGGGGCUCCCCUAGCUUCCAAUGAUAGUGAUGAUGACAUAUCUGAUGAUGAUGAUGACUUGCCUGAUUCAGAUAACAAGCCAUCUAUAGUUCCCGAAAACCUUAAGCUCCAGGCUGAACCAUUUGGGAAUGCAUUGGUGAAGACACCACACAUGACGUCUGCUGAUAAUAGUACUGCUUCAUGUGAUAACAGUCGUGAAGAGCCAAUAGCAACUAACCCAUCUAGUACUAAUGCCACACCUGCAAACGACCAAUCAGAGGCUCCCAAGGAUAAUGGGCCUGUAGACUUUGAUGACGAUCAAACGAAGCAUCAGAGUAACAGCAAGGCAGCUAAACACGAAGACUCCAGGUUACCAAUUCCCAGUCCUUCAGAGACGCCACCUCUUGCAAAUGGACCAGGUUAAUGGCUAUGUCAGAUGUUCACUACCCUUCGAGACAUCAUUAUAACUUACAACAACUUGUAUACAUUCAGAAUCCCAGACGCAUUUAGGUAUUAUUACUCAAUUAAGCUAUAAUGAUUGGUAUGGUAGUCAAUGAAUGUACAGUGUAAUCAACCUGCCAAUCGAAAAAUCUGGUUUAUUAACAA